AUGAAUAUUAUUACAUCUUAAAUAUAAUAAUAACUGUCUGAGAAUGAAGUUAUGGUUUGUAAAAUUCAUAAACGAGAAAUAAUUGCUAUAGAAUUAGAAUCAUCAGAAAAAUCCUAAUUAUAAUACUUAUGCUGUAAUUGUUUAGUUGAGAAAAUGAAUAAUAAUAAAAUAUCAACUAUUGAAUAAACAAAAGAUAGAAUUUAAUCUCUGAAAUCUUAAAGAUAAGAGAAUAAGAUUAAAGAGAUUCAAAUCAGGUUGGAUUACUUUAAAAACAUACUUGAUUAAAUUAUGGAAUUUAAAUGUAACCUAGAAAAUAGUUUAGAAAAGAUUUAUAGUCAAAUAAAAGCUCAAAUAUUUGUAAUUCAAAAAGAAAAAUAGACUUUUUUAGAAAAUUCUUCAAUUUAAAAUAAUUUCUAAGAAGAUGUUAAAUCACUUUCACAAUUCCUUUUAAUUGAAACCUAGGAAAAUAAUUUAUAAACUUUUUAAGAUAAUUCUUUUAUUGAUGAAAUUUUUAAUUAAUUUGAGCUUUUAUUUAACAAUUCAGUAUACUUCUAAACAAUAGACACUUUUAAGGCUGCCAAAUAGAAAAUUUAAGAAAUUAAUGAAAAUACAAAAAUUUAAUUGAAUACAUUACAAAAUAAAAAUAAUUAAGUAAAAAAAUUCUUAUUGUUUAGAAAACACCUAGCUUAAAUCGUAUUUGUUCAACACAUAAUAAGGAAAUCAUAAUGAUUGAUAUAGAUAGCAAAAAUAAAAAAAUAGAAGAUAGAUUUGUUUGUGUUGAUUGCAUUAGUAAUCAUCCUCAAUAGUAAUAUAGAACAAUUGAAGAAGUAAAUUAACAAUGGAAUCAUACAAAUAAACAAUUAGAAUAAAUUAUAUAUGAUUUAAAAAUAAAGAGGUAAGAAAAAUAAGAGAAAUUGAAUUAAUAGAUUGCUAUUAUGAGAAAGAAUUAUAAUUAAUAACUUAAUGAAAUUAGUGAUAAAGUAAUAAAAGAAUUUUAUUAACCUACAAGUAAGAUUAUUGAAAUUGGUAAAAUUAAGUAGAUAUCAAUUCAAGAUUUAAGUCCUGAAGAAUUGAUUUAAAAUAUUAAUUAUUUAAUUUAACAAGAUAAAGAAAAUCGUAGUGAGGAUUCAAAUAUUUAAUAUAUAAAAUCUAAAGAUUAACUAUUUUAAAAAGAGAUUGAAAAUCGAUUAGAAAAUUUAAAAUAACAUGAUUAAUUAGAUAUUUAAGAGUCAAUAAAUAUCUUAUAAGAUAUAUAGAGUAUUCAAAUUUAAUUAUUUUAGAUGAAAAUCUUAUCAAAGGAAUUUUCUUAUUAUCUUAACAAAUUUUGGAGGGUACAAAAGUAAAUUAAGAAUAAUUGAUAUUUAAAUAAGAAUUAGAUGAACUUAUAAAUUCUUCAAAAUAAAUUUAUUGUUAGAUGAGUUUAUUUAAUUAAGCCAUUCAUACCUUUUAAGAACAUCUUUCUAAAAUAAAAGCAUUUAACAAUAGAAUGAAAUCAUUUCCAGAUCAUGUCAAUCUUACAAAUUUAUAGAAAUUAUUUAAUGAAUAUAAUAAUAAAUUUGAAAAUGAUUUCCAAAAUUUCAAGAAGUUUAAUGAAAUUGAGAUAUUAGAGAAUAAUUUAGAAACUCUACAAUAGGACUAUAAGAAACUAUAAUUAGAGAGUAAAACUAUAAUUUUAUAUUUAGAAAAUUUACUUAUGGAAACUUUAGAAAAUGACUAUAAAUUAGUAAUAUAAAAUUAAAAUAAAAUAGAUGAACUUAAAUUAGUUGUAAAAGAUAUAGAAUCUAAGUUUGAAGAAAAAGAGUAAUAAUUGAAUCUAAAAUUGAAAGAAGAAAAAAAUAAUAAUGAUCAAUAUGAAAAAAAAUUAGAUGAAUUAUAAAUUCAAAAUCAACAUUAGAUCUAAGAACUAAAUCAAAAAUUAGGAGAAUAAGAUAAAAUUAUUUUAAAAUAUUAGUUGGAAUUAGAGAAAUUGAUAUCUAUUGAUGAAAUAAUAAAUUUAAAACCUAAAUUAGCAAGUGAUGAUUUUUGGCUAACUCUAUUUUUCUAAAUACAGUCUAAAUGUAGAAAAACAAUAAAAAGCACAAACUUAAUUUAUUUAGGAACAAGGGAUGGGUUGAAUUCAAAUUCUUUUUGGGAUAAAGUAAAUGGAAAGAUAAAUUUACUUAUGAUAUUUAAAUCAAAAAGCGAAUUUAUUUUUGGUGGUUACACUCCUUGUAAAUAAAUCAAAAAUGAUGGUGGAUAAUAUAUAGCAGAUGAUACAUUGGCUUCAUUCAUCUUUUCUUAAACAAAAAACUAAAUUUACCAUCUUAAACCAGAUAGAAAACAAUAUGCUAUGUGGCACCAAACAUCCUAUGGACCGGUAUUUGGUACUUAAAAUGGAAAUGAUAUUCUUAUUAGAUAAGAUUUUUAGACUGGGUCUUCUUCAUUGGGAUAUAAUUAUGAUUGUUCUCAGUUCAAAAUAGAAAAUAUAUCAACUCAUCUAUUUGGCUAAUCAACACCAAAUAUUGAAGAAUGUGAAAUUUAUGAAAUAUAAUUUGGUUGA